GCGGCGGUGACUGAGGGAGACGCGGCGCGGUGCGGCGCGACCCGGCGGCGCGGUGGCGGGUGUGAGCGACUGGGGCGGCGGGGUCGCCGAGCGAGUGCUGGGCUCCGGCCUCGAGGCUUCGGAGCGCCGGUGCGGCCCGCCCCGGUGGAGUAAGGCAAGAGAAUGAAAGAAGUAGAUAAUAUUGAAAGUGUAAAAGGAGAAUGGGUUUGUGGUGCAGGAGCUGACAGCCAGCCUCCAAGUGAAAGACAGCAAACCAAUUGUGACUAUCUUGUUAACAGUCUUUUUGAGGAAGCACAAAAGGUUGGUGCCAAAUGCUUGUCUCCCGGUGAACAGAAAAAACAGGUAGACGUAAAUAUAAAAUUAUGGAAGAACGGGUUCACAGUGAAUGAUGAUUUCCGAAGUUACUCUGAUGGUGCGAGUCAGCAGUUUCUGAAUGCCAUCAAGAGAGGGGAGUUGCCUUUGGAACUCGAGGGAGUUUUUGAUAAAGAGGAGGUGGAUGUUCUGGUAGAAGAUAAAAAGGAAGAAGUAUGUGUAGCCACUAAGCCUCCCUUCCAGCCCUUCUCCGGACGUGGCCACAGGUUGGGGAGUGUCACACCGAAAAUUGUUUCUAAAGCAAAGAGUAUUGAAGUUGAGAACAAAAAUAAUUUGUCUCUCGUCCCACUAAACACCCUGGAACCUAUCACUAACAUACAGAUCUGGUUAGCCAAUGGAAAGCGGAUCUUCCAGAAAUUCAACAGUUCUCAUAGGGUAGGCCACGUAAAAGACUUCAUCCGCAAACACCACGGGUCUCAAGGAAGUCCUCCCUUUCUCCUGGCAACGGCUCUCCCCAUCCUCAGACCGCUGGACGAUGCCCUCACGCUGGCAGAGGCCAACUUAUGGAACACGGUGGUUGUUCAGAGACUCCGGAGCACCAGUGACCCUUCCCGGAGAUUCUCUUAGCACUGGGGCUCUGCGCACGGGGAAAGGGUAGAAAGAAACGACAGGUGUAAGUGGACUCACAAGUCCAGGAUGGUUUGCAGG